CCGCCAUGUCGUCAAUGUCGCCACAAAUUAAUUCCCUCAACUGGAGCACAACUGAGUUUGACGGGGAUCUUGUGCAUGAAGCCAUCCAGAAAACGGACUGGGCUAAGCUCUGCGAGCUAGCCUCGCAACAAAAUAACGGGCUGUCAUGCGUACCGCUCGACAAAAUCACUAAUGGGUUACACAACCUUGUUCGAUUGCUCGAGUUUUCGAACCAGACUCGAUGGGUUGCCCGGAUCAGUCUGUAUAAAUCUGUUGCAGAAUCGAUGAAGCUGCGCAGUGAGAUAGCUGUGAUGCAAUUCAUCAAAGACCGAUCUGACCUUCCAGUGCCUGAGAUUUUCGCAUAUGAAGUUGACGAGAACAAUGCUAUCGGUGUCCCCUUCAUCCUGAUGGAAUUCAUUCCAGGGAGUACCGCUAUGGAUGCCGCAGGUGGAUAUGAGAAUCAUAAAGGCCAGAUCCCCUUGGCCCAUCGCCAGAGCUUCUACCGCUCGGUCGCUGAGUGUCAUGUACGAAUGACCGAUUUGCGAUUUUCUAAGAUCGGAACCAUUUUCAGAACUGAAAAUGGCGAAUACGAUAUUGGUCCAUUCCCAGAUAUUGGCGGACCAUUCAACACAACAACAGACUUCCUCAAGGCUUGGGCGGAACAUGCCAGUUUUCCGCGUGGAAAAGAUGAAAUCUUACAGCUGAUGAAAGGAGGACCAGCUGAACAAGUUCUUGGGGCUAUCAAUCAGUUCCCGUCUCAAGUCAAAGCCAUGGCUAGUUAUCUGUCGCGACAUGGUCGUGGGCCAUUCCCACUCUGUCAUGCCGAUUUCCUCCACAACAACAUGGUCGUCAAUGAAUAUUUUGAGGUCAUUGCGAUUAUCGACUGGGAAGGUGCAUGUACGUUACCUUGGGAGCUUGUAUCGUUCCCGGCUUUCCUCAAUGUCGUGCCCAUCCACUUUGGCUCACCCGAGAGUUACAAAGAAGACGGCCUCCCCGCAGACGAGGAAGAAAGGCACCGAUGUUAUGAGCGACAAGACUAUGUGCAGAUGGUGCAAGCGCUCGAACAGAAGGAUGAUUUGCUCUCGAAGUGUCUCGUCAAUGAAAAAUAUUUGGCUUUCGCCUACUCCAUCACGUCUUAUCAGAAUGGGAAGUUGGGCUUCUAUAACAAUAUCUUUAAGGAAGAGGACAGAGUAGAUUGAGGCUACGGUUCAAACGCCUUGUCGCAGUCGCAUCCACCCGUUUAUAGAUCAGCCAAAGAUCAAC